AGCUGUUAUUGCUAGGGAUUUUUCACAUUCAGUUGGCCUUUAUUAGAUUUCUUUCUCUGUUUUUUGUAUUUUCGGAUUGUUUUUAAAAAUGUUUUUACGGCUUUUGCGCAGUCCCAACAAAAUUUUGAGUGUUGUCCGGGGAGUGGGAGGAGUGCCCCCGUCCGCCCUCAACCAGACGCCCCAACGGCGGCAUGCGUGCCACAUGGCGAGCCGCAGGCUGAGGUGGAAGGUGAACUUCCUGAAAGCCCUGAGCAGCCUGAGGCAGCGGUACUGCCUGUGGCGCCUCCGCCGGCUACUGGGCGUGGCCUUCGACGAGGGCGGCUUUCAGGUGGGCACCCGACAGGCGGCGGCCACCAUGAUCGAGGCCGUGCGCCGGGCGGACUGGCCCUGCAUCCGGAGCUGCUGCACGGAGCGCGGGUCGACGGACAUCUACGGGCUGUCGCGGGACCCGAACCCCUACGGCACCCUGGUCCGCUUCCAGAGCGAGCACCUGCGACACGCCCUGCCCAUGCGGGUGGUGCGCCGGGGGAUCGACGGACGGAGCUAUGUUCUGGUGGACAUGCUCUUCGUGGGCCUUCGCAACCUCCUCGACUUCCCCAGCGUCGAGGAGCAGGAGGAGAUGCGCCAGCAGAUACAGUCCGUGCUCUCCGAGUCGGACGCCCACGAGCUGGUCGAACCCGUCGGCUGUCGGCUGGUCGUUGCCGAGCUAGUACUCACGUUCUGCAAGGAGCUGGACUGCAAAGGCGUCCGCGAGUAUCCCAUGGAGCCGGACUCGAUUAACAACCAGGACAAUCCGGACGCCGGCUGGCUGGUGGACGCCUACAAAAUGCACCGCUUCAAGCUCGUCAGCUUCAGCCCGGCCACCUUCAAUAUUCGGGUUAUCGAAUUCCUAAAACCGGUUUAGCUCGAAUAUAAAGCCUUAAAAUGUGUCGCAGAUUGGGGAGCUUGAUGUACUUGGAUCACUCGGAGCGGCUGCAGUCACGUGCCAAGUCGACAGUUCAACGAUCCGCUGCUGUCCCGCCAGAAUGAGCUUCACCCGCGACCAAGUCUCUCCGCGAUUGUCGGACGAACUGAUCGGCGGGCUGGCUCUCCAGACCUAUAUAUGGGUCUCCAGACCCCAGUCUUCGUGGAGGUAUGUCGGGCUAUCGCGUUAAUUUGUUUUGGCCUUUGGUGUUAUGGAAUGUGUGCUCGAAAAAUUUUAAAUGUUCCGCAGUUUUCGAAUAAAUUGUUUUUUACAUUUUGGAGAAGAAGGGCUCUACUCCCUUUGAGCCGAAUGAUGGCGGGCUGGAUUCGCGGGCACAUUAUAGCUCCAGAUGCUGGCUCGUGAAAAGAACACUAUUUUUUUUCCAAGGAUGUGGAUGAGGGUCCAAGGAUGCGGCAAGGGUGGCGGAGCAGGACGAAUGAGAAUCACGGCGUGUCGCUUUCGAAUGGAACAUAAAAAAUUGAGGGCUUAAUUAAAAAGCAAAAAUGUGCUGCGAUUUUCCGCUUUUUUAACGCCACCAGCAGCAAGUUCGGCAGCCGGUUCCCAGGACCCAUGCCCGUAUUUAUAUCCUGCGUAGUACGUUGUGAAAAAGCACACACAUUUCCCAGGACCAGAAGGACGGAGCAGUAGUGGUACAAGUGCAAAAACUACUUGCUGGCGACUUUUUAUGUGCCCCAUGUUCCUUGGAAGCGGAGGAAGGAGCAGGAGCAGGAGCAGGAUAUCCCGGCCUCAUGUGUCUUUUUAUUCCAUCUCAGCUUUCCUCCCCGUGGAGGAGCACCACUCCUCGGCCUUUCUUUGCUUACAAAUUAAGCUUUUUUCGGCCAGCCGAGACCAUGACUUUUGUUGUUAAUUAAAGUUGCGACUAAAAACAA